UAGAAUAUCACAGGUCUCCCGAGUGCUCGCCCGAGGCUCUUUUAGACCAUUUAGAAAAAAGACAGCCAUUGAUUGAAAUGCGGGCAAAGAAACACACUACUGCUAUUUGCUUUUUGUAUUUCAUGUGCAAAUGAAGUAUUUUAAAUUAUGGUCAAAAAACGCUAUUGGGACAGAUGCUAUGCCUAACGCCGGCAUUAGCAAAGUUUUCAAGAGAAAUAAUGAAGCUAUUUUCAUAAGAAGGUAGAUUUAUUUAUUAGUCCUAAGCUAACAAUUUCUAUUUUCAAUGCCCUCAAACUUGACUAAUCACUUGAUUUCUUUCCAACUGUCUUCUACUAUUUGUUUUUUUCUCUCGUGUUUUGUGAGUGUGUUUAAAUAAGGGCGAGCUGUUUCUUAGAACAGAUUAGAACAUCGCGUCGAGUAAUUGAACGCUGUUAAAAGCACUCAGACCGUGCCAGGAGAACACUAUUCACGGAUGAAUUCGACCUAAAGCAGCCGAUACUGUUAUAUCUGACAUUAUGAAAAAGUUGAUACUUUUUAUCGUUCUCCUUUUAGCACAUACGUCGAUGUUGUUUUCGGGUUACACCUACAAGGAUAGGGGCUUUGGAGGGCCGCCUAUGAUUACAACAUUCGCGAAUGGAUGGUUUUCUUGUAUUAGCGAGUGCGAGGCGAACUCGAAUUGCGUCGCUUACGAGUACGAAUACAGCGCUGAACAAAACGGAAUCUGUCUCCUCUUUAACUGCGGAAUAAACUCCCCAGGAAACAGUCUAUAUUUCCGCGAUGGAUUCGUUGCGCAGCAACUCAAAGAUAUCCCAGCGUCGCAGUCUUGUUGUUGCAGCGCAAGGACAUCUGCAAUGAAAGACGUAAACCCUUUCAAUGGCUCCUGUUUCGCUAUUUCGGCUGACAAGGCAACUUGGGAGAAUGCGAAGAUGACAUGCGAAUCCCAUAUGAUGCAGCUAGCGUCAAUACAUAGCUUAAACGAGAACAGGCUUAUAUCCAGCAUGAUGGAGAAUGAAAUUGGUACCGCAUGGAUAGGCCUCCGUAAUUAUACUGAUGCCAAAGGCUUAGCCUGGAUCGAUGGGACCCCUGUGGACUUCUUAAACUGGGCAACAUCUGAGCCAAAUUGGAAUGGAAAUUGCGUUCGAGUAAGAGCCAGGGACAACGAUUGGUUGGAUCGACAGUGCAGCUCGACUUUUGUUUGUGUUUGUGUUUGUGCUUGAAUUUUGUUUGUAAGAGACCUUGUAAUAGUAUGAGCAGUACCGCCGAAUGUUGAGACACCUUGAGGCCUCUCGCGGGUAAUUGUUUUAAAAAAUUCGAUCAAAUUGAAACCCGUUUAGUAGCCUGCGAUCGGACCACCGAAUCGAUUCUGGAAAUAUCGAAAAAAUGUGUGCCAAUUUCUUACUUACUCUUCGAUAUUUCCAAGGAAUCGAUUCGGCGGUCCGCUUGUCAUAAAGGGAUCAAGUUUGACUGACCACAUAUACGCAAAAUGGAGUUGGUUUGCAACUGCAGUUUUAUAGAUUUUGUACCAAACCCCCUAAAUUGCGAUUUCAUUUGCUCAUGAAUCGCGCGUCGCCGAGUAAUAGUAUCUCAUAUUUAUUUAUAAAUUUGCAAACUAGAAGCAUUGGUGAUUAUAUUCGCAACAAAUCGGAUCGAUCGCACGCUUUGAAGGGCAACUUAACGGGUUUCAAUUUUAACAGAUAUUUGAAAACAAUUAUCCGAGAGAGGCCUUAAAGGAAACUCACAGGAUAACAACAUCCAUGUUACCAGGUCCUUACCACAGUACCCUGCGCAAUCCGCAAGUGAAACCAGGCCCUCAUAUGAGGCGAGGCAAUCAUGGAGCGUAAGUAGUCAAGGCCUUCAAUCAUUGUUUAUCACGUCUCUAGCAAUGAUUGGUCAAUGUCCGCCUCACUUUAAAUCAGGGCUUGGCUUCCCUCAAUGCAGGCGUAAAGAAAUGUGUACAUACUACCGGAUGCACGUAUCUAAUCCGCCAAUAAGCGCCACACAAGGACAGUAAGCAACAAUUUACACCGUCACACUAUCGAAUAUGCCACAUUUACUCGAAUAUGCCGCAUGCCGCAUGCCGUCGUUUUCUGGUGUGCCAAGUGCAGCUAUUCCUAUAUUUAUUUUGGCUCGAAUUUGCCACUCAAACAAACUGCUAUUCUUAACAGGGAGUUCAAGAUUCUGGCGGUAUUCCUUAGACAUUAUCCUUUCUAAUAACAACAUUGGACUUAAGAUGACAGCACCCUACUCAUAAAUUCUAAUAAAGGUUACACACCAACAAACAAAAUAAAACAUUGAAAGUCAUGU